AUGGGCGACCGGCGCGGCUCACUCGACUCGUACGGCGAACCCGACGCUCCUCCACCCGCAUACGCCUCCCUCUCGUCUCCCUUGGUCCCGCAACGCGAGAUCCAGCCCGCCGGCUCGGUGCAGCAGCAUAUCCCGCAUCCUGCUUUCCACCAUGCCUUUGCCCAGCUCAACCUGCCGCGCGGCUUCUUCCUCAUACGAAACUCUGCGCAGGGCAAGACGCUCGACCUCCUCGGCCACAAGCAGCACGAAGGCUCAGAGUUGGGCUUGCAUCCGAUCAAGCAGCCUCAGCUCCAGGGUCUCUCGCUGCAACACAAGCAGAACAACCAGAUUUGGUUUCUAGACUGGGACGGCCACCUAGUGUCGGCGGCGGCAAGCCGCGCAAUCGAGGUCGAAGACUCUCGCUUGACGCUCGCUUACCCCCAUCCGAUCACGACCUAUCCUUCCUCUCUCUCGCACCCCGUCCCACGCUUCCGCCUCGACCCGGUCACGUCCACCCUGCACGUCCUCUUCGGCUACGACCCUUCCUUCCUCGGUCCCGACGACUCUCCCGAUCAGCAAGACGACUUUAUCGUCGAGGCUGUGCCGCUCAAGCGCCGUCCCUCCGAAACAACAGUCUGGAGCACCCCGCCCAUCCUCAGCGGACUCGGAAGUCGAGCUGCAGAACUCGGAGGGCGGAUUGGCGCGUUCGUCGGUGGGAAGUUCUCGGCGCCGGCUUCGCCCAACCCGUCGCCUGGAUUAGACAAAGACGAGCUGCCGCCUCCUCCGCCGCCGGAGAAAGCGCUGGAGAAGGAGGUCCCGCCUGUCCCGUCGACUUCAACGAGCGAGUUGCCCGACUUGCCAGCCAAGCCGUCCCCCCGCUUCGCCGAAGAAGAGGACACGGACUCUGACACCGAGCCCUCCGCUUACCGUCCCGUCCGAAUCGUCCGCCUCGAGCCAGGCUGGCGCGAGAAGUUCCCCGCCGAGGCUCUGCGCUCUGCACCCGACCCUUCUUUCGGCGUUACGCGCUGGACGUCGAGCUCGAGGGAGCUUCGCAAGUGGCGCAGGAGGCAGUGGCACGUCAUCCCCGUCACGGUUCAGCCCGUUCCAGCACCAGACGGAUUCCUCGUCCCCUCCCCGAGCGCGAGCGAGGUCUUCACGCGCUCUCGCAGCUCGUCGAGCUACUUUGGCGGGAGUAACAGCAGCGGGAUCGGCGAUAGUCCAGGCGCGAGCGACGAGAACGACGAUACACUUUCGUACGACAUCCCGCGCCGGUCUUCACUCGCUCGCAACGACCCUCUCGCGCCGCCGCCGAACGUCUCGCGCCGCUGGUCGGCGUCCCAAGCACUCACGGCUGGCUCGAUCGCAGCGGCCUCGCACAUCUCUGGCCUGAUUGCCUCCCGCUUCGUUCCCUCUUCAACGCGCCAACUCCCCCUCCCGCCAAGUCCACCCCUCCCCAGCGUCCCUUCCGACCCGACCGACCUAGACGCGAACAACGAAGACGACUUUGAUCCAGGCUCCACGCCGCGGCCGGACGAUGGAGAUGAGUGGGCUGAUGCGAACGUGCUCAGGUCGGGCGACAUCUCGGAUUUGGGAAGGGCGAGCGGGACGGCGAGCACUGUGGAGUUUGGGGGCGAGUCGGGACAGGCGUCGGCGCAAGAGUCGGAGCAGGAGUCGGAGCAGGAGUCGGAGCAGGAGUCAAAGCCGGAGUCGGAGAAGGAGGACUCGGCAAAGGUGGACGACAAGUCUGUCAAGCCGGAGGAAGCGAAGCUUGGCGAGGGAGGAGAGGCGAAGGAAACAACGGUCAGCAUAAACUUGCAGAAGGGGAACACCGAAGAACAGGCGGAGAAGGCUGUCGGCGAGGCGAAGGAGCGGGCGAGCGAGUCGGGCGAAGUAGUAGAGAAGAGGGAGGAUCUGGGCGCUGCGCAGUUUGCAGACGGCGCCCCAGAUGGUGGGAGAGGUCUCGAGCGACCGUAG